UUCAAGAUGAGCCAGUAUAAAAAGGUGCGGCCGAUUAGAAUAGACAGACAUCCAUCGUUAGAACCAUAGACAGACCGACAGCAUGUCGCCCACCAAGGAGGAAAUUCACUGCGACGACGAUGUGCCCAUCUUGAUCGUUGGGGCCGGCCCAUGUGGCUUACUCCUUGCGUAUUUGCUUGCCCAACUUGGAGUCCGAUCUCUGCUAUGUGAACGUUACCCCACCAGACUACAAGCGCCAAAAGCACAUGCACUGUCCCCUAGAACACUCGAACUAUGCCGGCAGUACGGCUUGGAUGUGAACGAGAUUCGCAGCAUUGGUACCAAACGCGGAGAGGCGUUCUGGGUCAAUUUCAUUACAAGUUUGAGUGGCAGGCAGGUCGGAAGACUCCCCUAUGAGCGCAUGGAUCCAGAAGUUCUGGAGAGCACACCGACGAUGAUUCAUAAUAUUCCUCAGCCAGACUUUGAGGAGCUGGUCGCUAAGCGGUUAUCCAAGAACAAUCUGGUGGAGAUACGCAAGAAUCAUUCCUUUGUUAGACUGACUGAUCGCGGUGAUUAUGUCUUAGCCACCAUCGAAGAUCGUGCAACACAGCAAGAAUAUACUGUGAAGUGCUGCCAUCUUGUGGCAUGCGACGGAGCAAAGAGUGCAGUCCGGAGAUGUUUGGGAAUAGAGAGCGAGGGCGAGGACUCUUAUGAAACCAUGAUGACUAUCCAUAUUAAUGCCAACCUGCAUCCCGUGGUCAAAGAACGAGUGGGUAUGUUACACUGGGUUAUGGACCCAGAAGUAUCCGGUUUCAUUAUUGGAUACGACCUCGGAGGGAACCAAGUCUUGAUCUGUAAUUUUGAUGCUGAGAAGCACCCAGUCAACUCAUGGGACGAAGCGCUUUGUCGCAAAGUUGUUGACGCAGCUAUUGGUGCAAAGAUCCCAUACGACGUAUUGAGUUAUCGACCAUGGAUAUUGAGUAGGAAAGUCGCACUUGCAUACCGAGCAAACCGUGUAUUGCUAGCCGGAGAUGCUGCGCAUUCUUUCCCACCUACUGGGGGAUUGGGACUGAACAGCGGUCUAGGGGAUGUCCAUAACCUCGCAUACAAGCUCGCAGCAGUGCAUCAUGGAUGGGGUGGCGACAAGCUUCUGGACAGCUAUGAAGCUGAUCGGCGGCCAGUUGCCUGCGAUAACGCUGAGCAAAGCGUCAAAAACGGCAAACAGAUAUUUGGUCUUUUAAAAGCGCUCGGGACUACCGAUCCUGAUGUUCAAGUUGCGAGGCAGAAUUUAUAUCGCAACAUUGAAGACGCACAAAUGAUGAAGGAGAUCAACAAAGGCAUUGAAGGCCAGCGUGAGCACUUUGACAACCUUGGUCUUCAUGUGGGCUAUGUCUACGGUAACCACAAGCGCCCAGACUGUGCCUCGACAUAUGAGCCCGUUUGCAUUCCUGGAGCCCGCUUACCGCACGCGUGGAUCAAGUUAUUGACCCCAGACCAGAUACGGCUUCCCCCCAUUGAUUGUUCCUAUGUAUCUGAGUUUCUUCCCGAGGAGCUAAAACUGAAACAGUUCUCCACGCUAGAUUUGUGUGCAUUUGACGCUUUCACACUCAUUGUGGACAUAAUAUCAGCCGAUAUUUGGGGAAAGAUCCUCGAAGAGGUGAAACGGCAACUCCCCGGCAAGUGUAGUGGGCUAAAACUCCAGAUGAUGACCAGAGGGGCAAACUUUGACAUUCAGGCCGGGGGUGGCGAAAAGUGGAUGGCGCUGACGAGAUUAGCGGAGGGCCAGGCAAUUCUAGUCCGUCCCGACCAGCACGUCUUAGCGCGCUUUGAAUAUCCGGGGGAAUCUAGUGGGGUACUGGGGGAAUUGAGGGCGCAUCUGGCGUGGGAUGAGGGUAUAGGUGGUUCGGGGUAGAUGG